UCACUGACUAAAACGGUUAUUUAUUUCGAUGUUACUCAAUGCAAAGAUAAUAAAGCAUAGACAUAGUAUUUAUACAAGUGAAUUAAGAUGGAAAUAAGAAAAUAUAAUCACUAAAAAUUAUUGUGCAAUUUUAGAACUAUAUUAGUGGUGCAGUGAAAUAAUUUGUUUCCUUAGAAGCACCUCAAGAUGUCCAAUAAGUCACUGUCAAAAGUCCCCUCGCCUGCCCGGUCCCAGGAUUUCACCGCCCCCCGGCGACGUACCCGACGAACCCUGAGCUCCGCCUCAACAGCACAGUCCGAGGGCCCACUGUCGACUGUGGUGGAGAAAUUUGUGAAGAGCGACAAAUUUGUCUUGUCACCGAUGAAGAGGCCAUCUAUGUUGCCGGAUGACACUGAUAUUGAGGCGCCGAGGCGUGCCAGCUGGUGGAAGAGGCUGGAAGGGAGCAGCCGGGACGUCCUCGAAGCCCUGGACACUAACAAGAUGACUGACGACCUGCUGCAGGAAUAUGAGUCUGAAGUUGAGAAAGAUGACAAGCAGAGCCAAUCGGUUCAACAGAGUCAAAGCAGUGACAACGAAUCAGUCGCCAGCAUAGUUGUACCACAGCAGAGGCUCUUCAACCAGAAGCGACAAACUCAAGCCAAAUUCGACGACAUUAUGGGCUCACGCAAGUCCCUCGGAAAGACAUACAUCGAAAACCAAUCUAUAGAGGUCGCUCCAAAAAACCUCUUCAAUAAAGGACCUAGGAAUCGACCGGUUUUUCCUGAUGCUUUACUCAACUCUACUAAUAAAACUAUAAAUAAGACUGUUGAACCAGAAACAAACAAACAGACUCGUCCAAAUCUCUUCGGUCAAGUGGGAAAUAAAAGAAAAAACAUGUUCACAGAUUUUGUCUUCUCUGAUAGUGAGGAGGACUCAGAGGUCCAACAUAAAGUAUUUGGUUUCAAAAAGAAUAAUAACAAGAGAGUGAGUUUGGGUACUCGUAGUAGGCGAAUGCCAUCUCUAACGCCAAGUAAUACCACGGAAAUUGAUAAUGAUGAUUGGAUUCUUCUACCAUCAUCUACUAUGAUUGGGGCACAAGAAGCUUCAAGAAUGAGUGAUACAGAUAUGGAACUGCAAGACGAAAAUCAAGAUAAUACGCUUACAGAAGACGUAUCUUUAAAUCACACCAAUAAGCACGCAUAUAAGAGUGUGAUACAAGAUGAUGAAAAUGAUAAAACACUCACGAAUGAAAACAUAGAUGAUGCCGACAAAGGUCAAGAUGUAGAAUUAAAGGAUGUGUCUAAAAAAGUAAACAAAACACAUGAGAAAAGCAAAACUGAACUUAAUACAAGUGUGAAAUAUAAAUCUUUCCAAAAUAAAUCAAAUGUGCAGAUAGAAGAAGUGGUUGCUAAGCAACAACAAAAUUAUCCCGUCGCUGAUAAAAUUACUCGAUUAGCUGAGAAUGAACAAUCAUUAGAAGAUAAAAUGGCUGAAUUACACGGAGAAAGUGGUGAAUCUGAAAAAAGGCGACCAAACAUAGAAUCAAACAAAACAGAAGAAAAUCCAGAUAAGUAUGUAGAAGCAAGGCAAGAAGAAGCAUGCAAAACAAAUGAAGAUGUAAAUGAGAGUGAGGAACCAGAACAAAGCGAAGGAAAACAAGAAGAAAGCGAAGAAGAACCAGUCCAAAGUGUAGAAGAACCAGAACAAAGCGAAGAAGAACAGGAACAAACCGAAGAAGACCAGGAACUAAGUUUGGAGGAACAGGAAAACCAAAACCAAACUGAUGAAGCAACCAAAGAUCAAGAUGAGGAUAUGGUUGAGAAAGAUAAAAGUGAGGAAGAAAAGCCUCAAGAAGACCAAGAUGAGGAUAUGGAAGAAAUGGUAUGGAACGAUAACGAGGAUGAAAAGUUAAGUGAUGCUGCGGAAAAAGAAGUUGCUACUGUAGCGGAACAAAACAAUGAAGUUAUGCCAAAUCAAAAAAAUACUGAUAUUCGCAAGAACCUUAGCAAACUUAAGGAAAAUGCAGACAAGAGCAAAAAUAUUUCAAAUAAGAGUCACAAAAUCGUAGACGCAUCAGUAGAUAAUGAUCAAAAUGAAGAGGAUAUAGUAGAAGAAACACCAAACAAUUCUACUCACAACACAACAAAUAGGAAAAAAGAAGUUUCUAAAGUCAAAUCACCAGAGGCAGUAUUAUUACAAUUACAAGACAUGACUAACGACAACGAAUCUUUCAGGCCAAUAGGUCGCAGUACCACUUUUAGAAAAUCAAAAAGCGUCUAUGAAACUAUGAACAUGAAGCACAGUUUAGCACCAGUCCAAGAAAGUACUUUAGGCAGUGAGGGAUCGAGAAAUUCAAGCACUGAGGGCUCCGAAUGGGAUUCUCAUCGUACCACAAGAAAAACUAUACGCCAGACUUUAGGCAAGGAGUAUACUACACGGAAAUCCUUGCGUGCCUUAGUCAUGGAGCAAUCCGCUAAACGUCAAACUGAACUUUACAAUAAAACAACGACAAAGUUUGACAAAACUAAAAAUAAAACAGUCACUGAAGAUGGAAAUGACAAAAAUGCGUCAAAGAUGAACAAAUCCAAAAACAAAACUGUUGUUGAAGAUGAUAAUAAUAAAAAUGCAUCAAACAUUAACAAAACAAGAAAUAAGACAGUCAUUGAAGAUGCUAACAGUGAUGAUAACGCAUCAAAGGACAAAACCAAAAACAAGACUGUAUCAGACGACAUCAACGAUCAACAUAUCCGUGACCACAGAUCAUCCAAUCGUAAUAUUUCAAGCAAUCGGUCUCCCAUUUUGGAAUCCCCUGUCCAUGGGACCUCGAUCCAUCAUGUGCCCGACCCACUAAUUUCGGAAUACCAAACAUCUUACCACAAAUCUCUUCACGAUAGUAUGGAGCCUGAAAUAUCCGAAAAUCCAGCUAAUCCUGAAGAAUCAGUAAACAUACCUAUACCUGAUAAUAACGAUUCGGGGCCAGAGAUAUCUAUGAAUGCUUCUUAUGGUCAAGGAAUGUCUGCAUCUGGGCAUGAAAUAGUAGAAGAAACUUUAGGCAAAGAUAUUUCACGUCGUGGCACUUCGAUACGCUCAAAAUCUAUACAUCACAGUGAAGAAGUUUUAGAUUAUGAAGCUUCAGAACAAGUUAUAUCUGGUCUUGAAGAUCAGGAAAAUGAAUUUGAAUGUAUGCAAGAUGAAAGGGAAUCCGAACCUGAAAAUGAAGAAGAGAUGGAACAAUCUGAACAGGAAAUAGAAUCUGAACAAGAGGAUUCUCAGCAGGAAAUAGAGGCUGAUUCUGAGCAUGAAACUCAAGAAAAGAUAGAUGAACCUCAAGAAACUAAAGGCGAACAGGAACAAUCUCAACAAGAAAUCGAAUCUGAACAUGAACAAUCUCAGCAAGAAAUGGAAUCUGAUCAGGAGGAAUCUCAACAAGAGAUAGAAGAUGAACAAGAUCAAUCUCAACAAGAAAUGGAAUCUGAUCAGGAGGAAUCUCAACAAGAGAUAGAAGAUGAACAAGAUCAAUCUCAACAAGAAAUGGAAUCUGAUCAGGAGGAAUCUCAACAAGAGAUAGAAGAUGAACAAGAUCAAUCUCAACAAGAAAUGGAAUCUGAUCAGGAGGAAUCUCAACAAGAGAUAGAAGAUGAACAAGAUCAAUCUCAACAAGAAAUCGAAUCUGAUCAGGAGGAAUCUCAACAAGAGAUAGAUGAACAAGAUCAAUCUAAACAAGAAAUCGAAUCUGAUCAGGACGAAUCUCAACAAGAGUUAGAAGACGCGGAACAGUCUCAACAAGAAAUGGAAUCAGAACAAGAAUCAGAACAAGAGAUAGAAUUUGAGGAAGAACAGCAAUCAGAUAAUGAAGACCAUGAUAUGUCUCAUGAACAAGAAAGUGAUAUUAGAGAGCCAGAAAACGAUGACCGAGAUAACGACGAUUUUAUAUCAGCACUCAAUUCUAAAUACAAAACGCCAGAAAAACGUGGAGUUUCUCUCUUAGUCUUUGACAGUAAUAUGAUGUCUGAUGAAGAGAUAGAUUUCGAAGGCGUUUCCAGGCAAACUGACAAUGAUAUUACUGAGAAUAAUGAGUCUGAAAGAGAAUUAAGUAGGCCGUCGGUGCAAAGAGUUUCGGAACCGAGGGUUCAUGAUGUGUCGGUUGAAACCAAGAGAGCUAUGCUGAUGAUGCAGAUGCAGAAGAUAGCGCAGGCAAACAUGGAGCGGAGGCAGAAAAUAAGAGAUGAAGUGCAAAAAUCAUUAAAACCGACCCGCAAAUUCAACUUGAUGUCACCCAUCCAACUCGAAUACUCCACGCGCCACAUGGCCCAGCCUAAACCUAGGAAGCCUAAGCUAAAGCCUAAACCCAUGGGUAUACCUACAGAGGCGUUGCCUAAGGCUUUCGUUAAGGACCUGACGUAUAAGCCGCCUAAGAGAUUCCAACCUGCCAAUGCUUCGUGGAUAACUAAGAGGCUGUAUAAGUUUUUGGAAACGAAACUGGAACCCAAAUACGACUACCGCGCCCGCGUGCGCGCCGAGGAGCUCGUCCAAACAAUCUUCAGCUUCACCAAGCUGGUGCGGCGCCACCACACUGCGCCGCCGCAGGCCGUCGACGAACUCAAGCGAGAGAUGGCGCGACUACGAGUCGUCAACACGCAUUACGAGUUCUACGACUUCUUCCAUGAGUUCAUGCCGAGGGAGAUUAGGAUUAAGGUAAACCCAGACGUAGUGAACAAGAUCCCGAUGCCUCGAAACGGAGUGUUCUCUGAGAUCCUCUUACCCCGCACCGUGGUCGAGUGAAUGUUUUGUAGUAUGAAUUUUCUCAAAUGAUUUUUAUUUUUACGCCUAAGACCCUAAUAUGUUAAACAAAGCCAUUGUUUCUUUUGUGUAUUUAGAAACAAUGGUGUUUAGGGUUCCGUACCCAAAGGGUAAAAACGGGACCCUAUUACUAAGACUCCGCUGUCCGUCUUCCGUCCGUCUGUGAAGAAAUUUUCACAGAUGAUGUAUUUCUGUUGCCGCUAUAACAACAAAUACUAAAAACAGAAUAAUAUAAAUAUUUAAAUGGGGCUCCCAUACAACAAACGUGAUUUAUUUUUUUGCUGUUUUUUUCCGUAAUGGUACGGAACCCUUCGUGCGCGAGUCCGACUCGCACUUGGCCGGUUUUUGUUUAACAGAUUUGUCUUAGGCGUAAAAAUCAUUUGAGAAGAUUCCUUUUCUUCGGUUAUCGCGAUAGUUACUCAUGAAAUAAAACUAUGAAAACGGGAUUAUAUCGCUUAUAUUGAAUUUAUAAUACAUCCCCAAAUAAAAAUUCAUGG